UCCGUACUUAGCCGUUCGGCUCCAGCCGCAACCUGCCCCGGGCAUCCGAGCGAGCCUCCGCCCAGGCCCCCCACACGCCGCCCUGAGGCGCUCCCUCGGAGCCCCUGCCCGCCGAGCAGAGACCAUGGCCUCGCGCGCUCUCGCCAUGCUCGGCUGCACCAGCGGCGCCGCCGCCUUCGUGGCCCCCGGCGGCCCGCAGCCCGCGCCGGCGCUCCGCGCCGCCGCCACGCCGCCGCCGGCGCCGGCGGCGCCGCCCGCGGCCGCGGCGGCGGCGGGGCCCUGGGCGGCGGCGCCCCUCGCGGGCGUGGGCGCCGGGCUCGCGGCGGCGGCGGGCCGGCGCAGGGCCGCGCGCAGGGCGCGGGGCGGCGCCUUCGACCCCUCCGAGCAGGUGGGCGCCACCGCGCCCCUGGGCUACUGGGACCCCGCGGGCUUCUGCAGCGACGGCAAGGAGGAGACCUUCGACGACCUGCGCGGGAAGGAGCUGAAGCACGGGCGCGUGGCCAUGAUGGCGAUCAUCGGCUUCCUGGGCACCGGCGCGGGCUGGCGCUUCCCGUGGACCGAGGGCGUGCCCGACGGGGUGGCCGCCCUGCAGAACGGCGGCGGCCCGUUCCUCGGCAUCUUCUUCCUCAUAUUCGGGUUCUUCGAGCUGAAGAUCAUGGACGACCUCGAGAAGGGCAACAAGCCGGGCAACUUCGGCGACCCGUUCAAGAUGGCCUCGACCGGCCUGCUGGGAGGGUACGACGAGAACUGGCGCAAUUUCGAGCUGAACAACAGCCGCAUGGCGAUGAUCGGCGUGAUCGGCACCAUCGUAGCCAGCGCCUACACGAACCUGGACGUUUACGCGCAGUGGCAAGGAGGCAAGGAGGCUUCCAUCGCUUUCCUCAAGCUGACCCUGCCCUACUCUCCCCCGCGCCGGCGCUCCGCGCCGCCGCCACGCCGCCGCCGGCGCCGGCGGCGCGGCGCCGCCGCGGCCGCGGCGGCGGCGGGGCCCUGGGCGGCGGCGCCCCUCGCGGGCGUGGGCGCCGGGCUCGCGGCGGCGGCGGGCCGGCGCAGGGCCGCGCGCAGGGCGCGGGGCGGCGCCUUCGACCCCUCCGAGCAGGUGGGCGCCACCGCGCCCCUGGGCUACUGGGACCCCGCGGGCUUCUGCAGCGACGGCAAGGAUCGGAGGCGCGUGGCCAUGAUGGCGAUCAUCGGCUUCCUGGGCACCGGCGCGGGCUGGCGCUUCCCGUGGACCGAGGGCGUGCCCGACGGGGUGGCCGCCCUGCAGAACGGCGGCGGCCCGUUCCUCGGCAUCUUCUUCCUCAUAUUCGGGUUCUUCGAGCUGAAGAUCAUGGACGACCUCGAGAAGGGCAACAAGCCGGGCAACUUCGGCGACCCGUUCAAGAUGGCCUCGACCGGCCUGCUGGGAGGGUACGACGAGAACUGGCGCAAUUUCGAGCUGAACAACAGCCGCAUGGCGAUGAUCGGCGUGAUCGGCACCAUCGUAGCCAGCGCCUACACGAACCUGGACGUUUACGCGCAGUGGCAAGGAGGCAAGGAGGCUUCCAUCGCUUUCCUCAAGCUGACCCUGCCCUACUCUCCGUGA